UUCACUGAAAGUAUUUAUCAAAUGAGUCACUCAUUGAUAGCAUUACUCAAACUAUAUUUAAAUUGAGCCCAAAAUCAGAGCCUUUUUAUGUAAAAUGAAUGCAAUGAACGCAUGAAUACAACGAAAUACACACUCAAAGUGUGUAACACUUUAUGCAACCAAUCAUUACAUUCAAGACGUUAUUGUUGUUAUCAGUGAUCGAGCGGUGCAUUUGAAAGCAUCGGCAGUCGGGACGCGACCACUGGACACAUGGCUCACAGUUGGCUACAAUUUGAUGGACAACCCGAUGAUAUGGCGGACACAAUCAACUACAAUAUGAACGCCAUUCAGACCAUUCAAAAUGAACCCAAUUUGUUGCGUCUGUUGACGGCUUCAUUGUGUCCACAAAUAUAUGGCCACCAAUUGAUCAAAAGCGGACUUUUGUUAGCACUGUUUGGCGGUGCAAAAAAACACGACAAACAGUGUCCACAAAUAAUAACGAGAGGUACGGUUCACGUACUUAUCUUCGGAGACCAUGGAUCACAUAAAGACAUACUUUUAAAGAGUGUCCACUCGUGUGGACCGAAAAGUCAUUAUAUAUGUGGAAAUACAGCAACAAUGAGUGCAUUGACCACACAUUACGUCAAGACUAACAAAGAUAAUCAACAAUUCGAGUCCGGAGUACUUGUCUCUCAACAAAUGGCCAUUUGUUGUAUCGAUGAGUUUAAUGCCAUGAAUACAGUACAACAGCGGGCCGUACAAGAAGUUAUGGACUACCAAUUGGUUUGUUUUCAUCGCAAUGAAAAAUACAAACAAUUGGCGGCUAAUACAGCAAUUAUUGCUGCCGUCACUCCUAUUAAUGGUCUCUUUGAUAAUGCAUUAAAUGUCUGGCAAAACACUAAACUAAGCAAAUCUUUGUUAUCAAAGUUUGAUCUGAUAUUUAAUUUGAUUGAUUUUCCGGAUGAAGAAUUAGACACAAAGUUUUCCAAUGAUUUACUUGUAAUGCACAGCAAUAGUGCUAAACGAGUUAAAAAUAAUCAAAAAUUUUGUAUACAAACCGAUAAUAAUAAUAAUAAUAGAGAUGAUUGUCCAUUGAAGACAAAGUUGACAUUUGGUGCCAAUGAUGAAGAGCCAGAUUUAAUUCCUCACCAAUUAAUUCGUCAAUAUGUUGAUUACGCGCAACAAUUUAUUUAUCCAACAAUAUGUGAAUCAGCAAAGAAUUUAUUGGAUGAGUUUAGUCGAAAUAUAACCGAAUCUCAAAUCAGCAAAUCUGUGACCAGAAAUCGAGAAACACUUUAUCGAUUGACUGAAGCCAGAGCUCGGAUUGAAUUAAGAGGUGAAGCAACAGAAGAAGAUGCUCGCGAUGUCAUUGAUAUCGUUAGACAUUCAAUAGGAAAGGAAUACUUUGUGUCAAAUGCCAUACAAUCUAUGAAACAAUUGAACCAAAUGUCGAGUUUCGGCAAAAAUAAAAAAUUGAAUCCAAAAAAUGUAUUGAAAUCUUUGCAAUUAUUUUGUCAACAAAACCAACAAAACGUAUUGUCCGUCGACCAGAUUAUUGACAUUUGUUCCGCAUUUCAAUUUCACUCAAGAGAUGACGUUUUGAGAGUCAUUGAAAAACUCAAUGAAGAGUCACUUCUACUUAAAGUAGGCGUUGAAUAUAAGUUACUUUAA